UGAAGUAAGAAAAAAUAGCGACCCCAUCGCAAAGAAAAAUGUGUAUUGACAAGUUGACACUGGAUAUUGUAUAAAAAGGAUUUGUUUUUGCUGUAAAACAGGUUGCCCUGACCCACAAUUUUGUGUUUUAAAGGAAAUAUAAUUUUAAAGUUUCCAAAUUAUCGAAUGUGUGGUUUGUUAACCUAAAUAACAAUGAAGGAAUGGUGAUUAGGAUUUGAUUUUUUUCAUUAAUUUUGCUGAAAAACAACAGAAAGAAACAUGACGUUGUUCUUUGGGAUUCUUAUAUCGGUAUUAUGUCACCAUGUCGCAGGAUCUUCAAUGACAAUAAGUCCAAGUUCCGAUAAAUGGGUUCGCCAUGGCAGAGAUUUGAAUAUCACGUGUACUUUUUCGUCAAAGUACCAAGAGAGCAUACAAUUGUUUCACGAAGGCAGUGUUGCACGAGUCAGUGAUCAGGCGACCAUGACGUCAGAGACGUUCACUGAUGCUGAUGGUAAACAGACGACAGUCCUCAGAUACCUGAAGACAAACACCAAGUUCGAGGACGCGGGAACUUAUGAGUGUGCAGCAGACAACAGAAGAAAGAGUGUCAACAUACAAGUUGUGCAAGGUCGAUUGAAGAUAUUUCCAAAAAUAGAGCGAGUGAUCGCAUUUCAGGGAGAACGGGUGACCUUGACAUGUGAAUAUCAGGGUAGCCAUCGAGUAAAAGUCAUGUGGUCUUCAGCGUCUGGCAGAGACCUUAAACAAAAUGGUUUUGUCGUCGGAAGUGUUGUCAGAAGCGGUGAUCACAUCCUAGCCAAAGUAGAUAUUUCCAAAACGUCUUCCAGUUUUUCGGACUCCGGCGAAUAUACCUGUUCUGCCGGCCCCUUCUCUAAAACGGUUACAUUGGAAGUUUAUCAAGGUGAAUGUGACGAUAAUUUGGUAUCGGGACCACGUGGUGUACCUGACAGUCACAUGACCGCAUCUUCCUAUUACGAGGAUUCUUUAUAUGCGGACAGUCCUGAACGGGCGAGGCUAAACCUUGAAGAAGAAAGGGUGCAGAGGGAUGAUGGGAAUUACGCCAUUUUAGGUGGAGGAUGGAUGGCAGGAGACAAAACUAAAAACCAGUGGUUACAGAUUGCAUUCAAAGCACAAAGUGUUGUUCGUUCAGUUUGGACCCAAGGCCGGUUCGAAGGAAACUGUUGUAACCAAUCGGACUGGGUUACAGAGUUCAAAGUGUAUUUCAGUCAAGAUGGCGACCUUUGGCAUAAAUACAAAGACCAGUCAGGAAAUGACUUGCAUAAUCCCCAGAUACGUAGGUCCAAAAAUAACCUGUUUUUCCGCGCUAACAGCGACGAUGACACGGUAGUUAAGAACGACCUUCCCUCACCUGUUAUUUCCAAAUUUAUCAGAAUAUACCCGACGGCAUGGAACGGCGACAUAGCGCUGAGACUGGAGAUCAAAGGCUGUCUUAUACCACAAAAUUUACGAAUAGCACACCCGAUUCAAAGAGUAAUCAACUUACCAGUGCCGGAACCUUUGAAACUUUCUUGCGAAUACACUGGACCUAUUAGGGACGUAGUACUGUGGUCCAAAAACUUUGUUCGCAUGGAAACGGUAAAUGGUUUCAGAAGAACCUCCGUAGAGAAGUUGUCUGGUGGACGGGUCACCAUUACGGACUCAAUCAAAAAACAGAAAACCGAGUACUUGGAUUCAGGAAAUUACACGUGCUUUGUUCCAAACAGUACAUUCAGUGAGACUGUAACGGUUCAUGCAAUGACACUUGAAAAGACCCCCAAUAUCGAGAGAUACUGGGUGUCUUCCCAGAAUGUUGUGCAUCUCUCGUGUGAAUAUCGUUCUCUCAACCAUCGUGAUUUCACAUGGCAAUACUCUGGUGGCAACAUCAACAACCGACAAUUCCAAAUUAGUAGGGAUAUCAAAUUGUCCAAAGGUGCUGUGUUUGUGACAUCAUCAAUUCGAAAGCCGUAUGCUGAUGCCUCUGACAGUGGUAAUUACACAUGUCGCAUUGGAAAAAUGUCUCGAUCCUGGGAAGUUAACGUACUAUCAGUCAGUGGCAAUGGCUCCUGGCAGGCCAUCACACCAAACAAGACAAUGUAUCUGGAAUGUGACGUCAAAGGCUUGCCUAUAGAUGUGUCUUAUCAAAUGUUCUGGACUAAGGAAGGGGUGCCACUAAAGGAACUAGAUUCCAGUGGUCGAAUGAACUAUUUCCCGAACUCCAGGACUCUCCAAAUAAUUCGUACACAGCUCUCGGACGCAGGAAAAUAUGAAUGCAACAUUCUUCUUGAAGUAGGAUCUCCUUCCCAACAACAGGUUUCUAUCACAAAGGAAAUAUAUGCUCCGCCAAAGACCAUCAUUGAUGGAAUGAAGACUAUAAAUGUUGGAGACUCUCUUCACGUCUAUUGCAAGACAUCCGGGUACCCCACGCCCUCUGUCGUUUGGAAGAAGAAUGGGAUGAGCCUAUCAGAGCUAUCCUCCCGCGUCACAUUCUUGCCUUACGGGGGUUUGGACAAUGGGCACCUAGUAGUGUUCGAUGUUUCUGGUGGUGAAGCCGGAGAAUAUACUUGCGAGGCCAAGUCAAACUAUUUUAAAUCAGCCGAAUCGCGCCUUCAAGUCGACGUAAAAGAAGUUUCACUGGCCACCAGUCCCCCUCUAUUGAUUGCUAUCAUCAUUGGAAGUGUAGUUGUCUUUCUUGCAAUUGUUUGCUGUGGGGUAUACGUAAAAUGUAAUCAACGAGUUAAAAAGAACUAUGCAUAUGACACAGAUAGUCUUGAAAGACUUCGUCAAUCAAGACCGCGUCUACCACGCCAGAACACUUUCACUGAAGACCAACCUAAAAUUGUCAAACUAACCGAGGAGCCUCGUUUCUACUCCAAAAGGCCGCCCAUGUCCUCCCCACCAUUAUCCGCGUCAUCACAAAGAAGCGUGUCGACUUUUGAGUCAGGUUCCUAUGAACGCGUGCCUUUACGUAAUAAGCUGAACACUACAGACAUAAUAUUGACAGACCAGGAGGAAGAGGAGGGUUACAAUACUGGGUCAACCCAAGAAAAAGUACGAUUUUCCCUUGUUGACAUCAAAUGAUGUCAUCUCCUGUUGUUUAUGAUAGACUAUACAAUGAACUAAAGUGCAAUUUGACUUAACCAACUGAGCAACAUUCCAUUUCAUGCACCAUAUUUGUAUGUAGUUUGAAAACAUUGUAUCACUUUUCUUGCGUUAGUAGAUUUACAGAGAAUGAGAUGUGAACGAGUGUUUAGAAUUUCUCUGUGAUGUGUAAUUCAUAUCAGACAUGGAUAUUGAAAUAUAUUAUAAUACAUAUACAUUGUGCAUGUGCUCUUCUCAGUGACAGCAAAAAUAAAAAUCACGCAUUUUUCUCCAUGCUCGAUCACACUUUUAAUACAUUUAUUUUACACAAUAAAAUUUUACAAUUUAAA